AUGCGCACCCAAAACUCGACUUCGCCAGAAAUCCGUACUCGCAGCCGUGUGCACCAGCGACCACCACCCGUCCGCACCCGAACCCGAACCCGAGACGCUCGAUUCCAAAACCAAAGCCAAAGCCAGAGCCAGAGCCAGAGCCAGAGCCAGAGCCAAAGCCAGAGCCGCAGCCAGACGACGACACGCCCAGCAAUGCCGCGCCCCUACUCGCCCGGCGGCACCGGCACCGGCUCCGGCACCGGCACCGCCAAAACCGCAACCAAGCGCCUCCUCAAGGAGCUCGACACCUGGCGCAAAGAGCAGCGCGGCGACAAGGGCACCGGCAUCGAGCGCCUCGGCCCCCUCAGCGACGAGAACCUGCUCGAGUGGGAGGCCGUCAUCAACGGCCGCGGCGUGGGCGGCGGCUACGACGGUGAAUCCCCAGCUCUCCCCCCCAUCCGCCCUCCCGGCCGCUGGCUCGUGUGCAUCUCCGUGCCGCCGACGUACCCGCUGCAGGCGCCGAGGAUGCGCUUCGCCACGCCCGUCGUGCACCCCAACGUCGCGCUGCACACGGGCGAGAUAUGCCUCGACCUGCUGGGGGACGCGUGGACGCCCGCGUACAGCCUGCUCGAGUGCGUGCGCGCCGUGCGCAUGCUGCUGGGCUGCCCGGAGACGGACAGCCCGCUCAACGUGGACGUCGCCGCGCUGCUGAGGGGCGGCGAUGUCGUCGGCGCCAGGAGGCUGGUCGAGUCUUGGUGCGCCGACGAGGGCGGCAGGUACGACGGGCCUUGA